AUGAAGAUACUUGAAGUAUUCGGCAGUCAAGCUACUGAAGGAUGCAACUUCGAAGAGAGCAGUCCUACAGAGCGUAAAGAAAGAAGGAGUUGGAGUCCAAUAGAGGAUGUCGUGCUCAUCAGCUCGUGGCUGAACACAAGCAAAGAUCCCGUUGUUGGGAAUGAGCAAAGGUCAGUUUCAUUCUGGAAAAGAAUUGCAGCAACGCCAGUCCCAAGCUUGUUGGAUGUGAAACGAGGGAGUCGUCUCAGUGCAAGCAAAGAUAGCACAGGAUCAAUGACCUGCAACCACAAAAAGAAGUUCACCUUAGAGCAUGCAUGGAAGGAAUUGUGCAAUGACCAGAAGUGGUCUGAGCUAUCUACUGCAAAAAAUGAUGGAAGUUCGAAGAAGAGGAAGGUUGACGACGCUUCACAGUCAGAGAGCUCUCAAGCAAUUGAAACCGAUGAUGAAAGAACCAACCGUCCCCGUGGCGUUAAGGCAUCAAAAGCCGGUGGGAAGAAGGCAAUGGUUGAUGGCAAGGAGGUUGCUAAGUUUCAGACGAUGUGGACAAUCAAGAAGCAGGAUUUGGAGAUAAAGGAAAUGCUUCCAAGAUGA